AUUAAGUAAGGAGCAAAUACAAUUUUUUAGUUUUAGUCAAGUUAAUCAAAAAUAAUCAUUAUACUUUACUCAAAAGUAAAAAAGUUACUUAAAAUAUUUAAGUAAGUAGAACUUUUUUAUAAAAUUAAGUUUACAUUACUUAAUCUGUUUGAUUAUUUUGAACAUUUGGGUUUAGUAAUAUAUUUCUUUUUAUCAUGAAGGGGCAUUUUUUUGCAGGGGCAAACCUGAAGUUUGGUGGCAUUUUUGGGUGCCCCAAGCCCCCGUUAAUUUCUGAACCUGAGAAAAAUGCACUAUAUACAGUAUAUAGACAUACAUAAUGCACUAUUCUGAAAUUUCUCUCCUUUGUCCUUUUUUCAGAAUAUUCAGAAUUAUUUUGAAGACAAUGUUAAAAUAUAAAUGAUGUUUAAGAGAAUAUUUUCGAGGUAAAAAAUAAUAUCAAAGUUUAGCAGAUUUAGCAUGUCAGCCUCUUGUUUGGUUUAAUAUGUAACAUCCGCACUAGCCUUUCGCUUACAUAUAGGAAUAUGGAGCGGAGGUGGAUAUGAGGAAUAAAAAGUAUAAUUAAUACAUUUAUUACAAUAAAUUCAUGACAUGUUAUUUUGUACUGCGGCACAGGACACAGUUGCAGGACCGACUGACAGAGUAUGUUGAGGAUACACUCCGUUACAUCAAGACCGUGAGGGACUUCUGUGACCAAGAAGAAGAAUGGAGCUCUGAGAGAAAGGCAGAGAUUAAGAAGAUGAGCGACAUCAAUGAAAAUCAGCAGGAGGAGAAGCUGGACGCCGUCCUCGCAGACACUUUAAUGGGGCUGAAGAAACUUGAGGACUUCCUGGAUGCAGUGGAGAAGCUAACAGUGACCUCACGCCAUGUUUUCAGUGAACAGAUCUUCCUGCUGAGGGGAGAGAGCCCUGAAAGUCUGCAGUCAGUCAUCAUAGCUGCAGGAACAGAUGCUCAUCUCCUCAUCCACUUUAAGAGAAAUGCAGAAACCUUCUUCCGUCCUAUACUCCAGAAUGUGAAUGUCUUGGUCUUUCAGCUAGACUGCUAUGUACUCAACGCAGAACAGCUUUGUCGGAGAAUAAGACAGAGUUCAUUCUCGUCUGGAGACAUCUCCAAACAUAAAAUGGAUCAACCUUUAGUGCAGCUCAUUUUGACCGCAAGUGAGAACACCAUGAAUGAAAUGCUUCAUCAUUUGAACCAGUUGUGUGACAUCAGGAAGGACCAGAACACCCGGCUGGCGUUCCUUUUUCAGGAAAACGCUCAGAAAUUCAUUGACGUAUUCAGUGAACCUCGCCGCUCUAGAAUGUGGCAGUUCCUGUCCGAUCUGGAGGAGACGGCAGUUAAGCUGAAUGAGAUGAAGAAGGGGGCCAGUAUAUCUACUGUGGCUGGUAGUUCAGUGGGGAUAGUCGGGGGGCUCUUGUUUAUUGUCAGCCUUCUUUUUGCCCCUGGCACUGCAGGAGUAUCUUUGGGCUUAACUCUGGCAGGGCUCGGUCUGGGGGGCAUCAGUGGAGUCAAUAGUCUUGUAACAGGGGUCACUGAAAUGGCAGUCAACAGUCACCAAGAGCACAAUGCACAAAGUUAUUUAAAGAGUUACCAGGAUGAUAUGAGAGAGAUUUUAUACUGUCUGCAAGAAGCGGCCAACGGUGAAAGACCUUUAGUGCGGCCUAGUGCAGUUGAUGUUGAGACUGUGAUAAACUUGACUAAUGGACCGGGCGGCUGAAGGUGCUGUGGGUGUGAUGGGUGGAGCUGCAGCUGUUGUUAAGCAUAAAAGUACAAAUGUAAUUGCAGCAGCAACCGAGAUCACAGUGACGGGCUUAGAUGACACACCGCAG